AGAACAUCCGGACGCGUUUAUCCUGCAUUUCUGAACGCACUUCUGGUAACUAUCAACUGUCAUAAAUUGUGCGCAUUUUCAUUUUGUAUUCCAUUCUCCAAGUUGUAUAGUCGUUUUCGUUGAAUGAUUGUUAAUUUGUGACAGAUCAUCUUGUAUCUGUAGUACCUUUGUUUUGAUUCUAACAAUUAUUUUUAAUAUAGUAUAAAAAUAUGGGCAACCUGAAGUUAUUAUUAGUGUUAUCUAUUUUCGUGGCCGCAGUAAUAUCGGAUGAACGUAUUGAACCAGAACCUUUUCCUCCUUCAAUAAAUCCUAAUAAUUCAACAACACAUCCUAACACAACAGUAACAUCGCCACCUUCCUCUACACACAAACCUAAUACUACAACAACAUCCUCAACCACAACCACCACAACUAAAACUACGACCACGAGUACUACCGCAGCACCUCCCUCCCCUACGACCACGAGUACUACCGCAGCACCUCCCUCCCCUAAUACCACGACUACGAGUACUACCGUAGCACCUCCCUCGCCUAAUACCACGACCACGAGUACUACCACCACAUUACCACCGUCACCUAAUACUACUACCACGAGUACUACCACCGCAUUACCACCCUCACCUAAUACUACUACCACCACCUCAGCUCCUCCCAUCACCACUACAGAACCGCCCAAACCGGUACCAGAGCCCCAAACGGGCAAUUGGUCCGUGCACUUUGACAAAAAUGUCAACAAAAGUUGCAUGAUCGUGGACGCCGCCGUUCAAUUCGAAUUUUUGUUGGCCAAUGCUACCAAGAAAAUAAAUUUGCCCGUGGGAGCCAUUGCGGACGGUAGCUGUGAUGAAAAGCGCGACGCUAUCAAUUUGAAAUGGGACAAGAACGUGUUUAGUUUGACAUUCGACAAGAGGAAUGACAGUAAAUUCGAGUUGGAAUCCAUCGAAGCGAAGUUUUUCAAUUUGAGUUUGCUGAACGGUGCGAAAAACUACAGCCUGGUGCACAAUACUCCAGAAUUUGGUACUCCAUUAGGAAAUUCUUACAAAUGCGCGAAGGUACAGACAUUUAACCUCACCGAAAAGGAUGACAACAAAACUGUGGCCUACUUGCAUAUUAGCCACGUCCAAAUGCAAGCGUUCGCCAAUAAUACCGGACAUAAAUUUGAUACGGCUGUCGACUGUGAAGCAUCUCCGAUUACGUCAGACGUGGUACCGAUAGUGGUGGGUUGCGUCCUUGCCGCUCUAGUGAUAAUGAUAAUGGUCGCCUACUUAGUUGCCAGACGCAGGUGCCAGGCCAGAGGAUAUCUCUCCAUGUUUGCUGAUACUAAAAGCGAAUCGGAUUAUAUACCUAUGAAAAAUUUAUCGUGUUUCAAUUAGAUAACGUUAUUUUUUCAGCUUUUUUCAUUAAUAAUUAAAUUCGAUGUUAUUAAUAUUAUAAUACUCGGAAGCAGGUACAAAAAUACCUAAUUUGGCGCAACAUAACCUAUUUUUUUGGCUGAAGGGCGUGGCUAUAACUUAUUAGGAUGCAAUUAACGCUAACAUUAACAUGGCUACUGCAUAUUAGCAGAUAUCUAAACUAUCAAACUUUUAUAAGAUUAGGAUGUAUUUGGUUGCGCAAGCAAUAUACAAAAAAUGUAUAAACUGUGUCUCAUACUGGAAUUUAGUUUUUGAAUAAAUAAAACCAAAAAGAAUUUUAAAUUAAAAGAUUUAACGAACUUACAUAGUCCGAUGUCAUAAACGGGCAUUGCUAACUCAUAAAUAUCUAAUGUCACAAUCGGAAUAUAGCUCUAUAUCAUAAUCGAGAAUGUUUUCAUAAAGAAUCUGAUUAACAAUAAGAUUAUAACUUAAUGUCACAAUCAGAAAUAAGUGCAUUGCCUAAAACUCAUAAAUAAUAUCCAAUGUCAUAAUUGGUAUAUUAUUUGAUGUUAUAAUCGAAAAUAUAUACAUAAAAAUCUGAUUUACAAUCAGUCUUUCUAGUUAAAAAUAUUUCCGUGGCUCGCUAUUAUCAAUAAAGAUGUUUAUACUGAGUUGAGUUCUAUUGAUAUUAUAAAGUAAAAAUGUAAUGUCCGAAGCCGCACUUGCGUGUAUUCUGAAGGAACGAGAGGUACGGUUACAGUGAUAAUUAUAACUUUAUGAUCACAAGACAUGGAGAUUAUGAUUAAAAUGCCUUUUUAAUGUUGAUCAUCUUCCUGGCACUGCUUCAAUUUGGACCUCAAACUGGCGAAGACUCGUUGACACAUCCACAGGGAUGUUUCAAAUAUCGUCUCGAAUACGAUGCUUUUAACUGUUCUACAGUUGUUAGAGGAUCUGUGUACACGAUACUCUUCAGGUCCCUAGUGCUGUAUUAAAGUCUUUUACGCCCUAGGCCAAAAUUUGAGAUUACAACCCAUCUAUCCUGACCUUUAUUGAAAUCACAUACCUCCUCCCACUGCCCAAAAGUAAACCUGCUUUUAUCCUUUUUUGCCUUCUUUAUUCGAAAUAUUGAUAAUUUGAUAUUAGAAAGAAACGAAUACAUUGUAUGUUGUUUUGUCAGAAAGGUAGAAUAGGGAUCUGGAAAUAAGCGAUACAGAACUAUCCUUUUUUCAUUAGUGUGAUCUUUUCUGGUAACGUAACAGUUAUAAGACAAGCUUUUGAACAUUUUUUAUCAUUUUAAAUUAAGAUUUUAUAUUAUUGCGUUUAAAAUGAAUUAAGUUCAAUAAAAAUUCGCAUUCAUCUGUUGCGACAUUUAAAAAGUAAAUUCCUAUAUGAGACCUUUAUUUUUAAAGGUACUAAAUUGCGAUUUUGAAAUGCAAAAUUUUAAAUGUUAAAUUCAAUAGAACUUGUCAAUCAUAUUAUGGUGCUUAUAGGUACAAUUUGAAUAUCUGAACUAAAGUAUUCAAUUUUAACGAUUUAUCCUAUUAUUUUGCUGAUAUUGGCUGGCCAAUAACGCGAUUGUCUGAUACAAGUACAUAUUUUCGUACGUUCAAAACAAUAUGCAGAAAUUCAAUAUGGAGAAUUUUAGUAAUUUUUAGUUGUUUCAUUUUAAUAUUUUCUACAUUUACAAUCUAUAGUUUUAGAAGCUAUUUUUUUAAUUUUUAAUGAAAAAUAUUUAAUUUGACUCUACUUUUACGUAUUUUUUAAGAUUUUUACCUAAAACGUUCCUAUACAGGUUUGUGAUUAUUUUUAAACAGCUCUUCAGCCAUAUUUAAAACAACUACAUUGUUGUCAACAAUUUGUUUUAUAAUUGCACCGUAUCACUUGUAGGUAUUCCUUAUUAAAUGUCAACGAAAUAAAAAAAAAAAAUACCUGCAUACGCCACGACUGAUGUUUUUUUAUACAUUUACAUUUUUCACACAAGUGCUUUUAUUGUAGUAUUAUACCCAAGGCUUAUUAUUAGCUACUUAAUGAGAUUUAAGUAUUUUUUUAUUUACUUUUAACAGGUAGGUAUGAAGAUUUUCAAGUGACUUGAAAAUUUAAAUCGACAAACAUCGAUUGUAAACUAUGUACAAAUGCUAGUAUUUAUAUUGACAGACAUACCGGGUGACAAUGAGAUUAAUUUUAAUAUUUUUUUUAUUUAUCAAGGGAACCGAACAUACUAGAUCUGAUUUCGAAUUGACAUGAGUUCUUAAACAGAAUGGCCGACUUUCAAUUUCACCGCAAAUAAAUGGAUACACCUACAUACAUAUACAGGGUGUCCCGAAAUUAGACGGUCAUAUUUUAACAGCGUAAUCUACAUCCUAAAAUAGGAAUAAAAGUUCAUAUAAACAUAGGUCCGAAAACGUUUCGUUUUCGAGAUACAGGGUGUUACAAGUGAAGUCCUGAUGGCACAUUUUUGUAAAUAUUUUUUAAAAUUUCUUUAAUCACCGGUUUUCCAAAGUAAAAAAAAAAUAAAAUUUCUGAUUUCACAGGCCUACUAAUUAUUGUUUACACUUUCGAAUAACUUAUCAUGAAAUUUUCAAAUGCUUUUUUCUUGAAAAUGGUGCGUCCUAGCGAGAUGCAACAAAACUAGCUUUAUUAUAAAGAAAACAUUGGUUUUCCAAAUUGUAUAAUCAAAAAUGUUAAAAACUGUCAACAAAAAAAACUUAGGGCAAUUUUACCCUAAGCCCCCCCUAAUUUAUCAACCUAUGAAGAUGAUCAACAACUGGGGUUUAGUCCGUUAAAUAGAGCGUAAAAAGGUAAGCAUUUGUACCAAAUUUAACUUAGUUAUCUUUAAACGUUUAGAAAAUAUUGACAAAAGAGUGACAUCAGGACUUCACAUUUAACACCCUGUAUCUCGGAAAAGAAACGGUUUCGGACUUAUGUUUUUUUUACUCUUAUUUUAGGAUGUAGAUUGUGCUGUUAAACUAUGAGCGUCUAAUUUCGGGACACCCUGUAUAUUUUUUAGACACUAACGGUUCAAAUUACAUAUUAUUAUGAAAGUGGCUAAUUUUAAUCUUUCCCAAAUCAAAAUUAUAGUUUGUCCACCUAAGUUGGCACAAUAAAUAUGUUUGGUCCACCUAAAUCGGCACCGUUUGGGAUACUUUUUGUUAUUAGUUUUAUGCAAAAAAGUUAUUCUUUGUAAAAAGUUCUGCAGGAUCUAAAACUCAAAAUACAACUAUCAAAUAUCAAUUUUUUUCAGUCAAGUAAAAGAUUUGUCGUAAAAUAUGAAUUUUAUGCAAUAGAAAAUACCUUUUUAACAAUAUCGAAAACUGUAAGUAAGAACAGAUGAUCAGAAGUGAAAAUUAUGGUCAAACAUACCGAUAUUUAACAUUAUUUGGCAUAAAUACGAAUUACAUUUAAUUCUUCAAGUCCCAAAACUGAUUUUUUCAAGGUAGAUGGAUAAUAUUGGAUAUCUGACGGAUAGGUUUCAAUUCUGGGGCCCUAUUCUCGAAUGUCUAUUAAAAAUGUCGCAUUAGUCAUAAUGUCUAUUGCUAUAGCAAUAAUGUCUAUUAAAAUGUCGAUCGACUGACACUAUCCGUAUUCUCAAAGACAAAUAGAGAUUUUAAAAUCGGUGACAUAUUUGGCGAAUGAUAACAUCUGACAACAUUGGAUAGAAACAUACAAUACGAGUAUAUUACAGCAGACAAUUACUUACUGGGCCCCGCUUCAGUUUUUUUUUCGACCUUUGGCCUUAUAGUCAAUGAGGUGAACGCAUAGAUCAUCCUCAUUGAUUUGGCCUUUAGGGUUCCCAUGUCUUCGUCUCCGAUGCCGAAGAAGAGAUGGCCCUUAGGGUCUUUUUUGAUUUCAUGGUGGAAGGUGCCCCAUUUCGUCACAUGCAAGUUUGGGUUUUGCCCUUCAACACGCCUAAGCACAACCUCUUUUUGGUCAAGGUCGGCUUGCGCUUCCCCUAGGAUCCAGAGAGAGGCUUUGGUGAGCUUGGGGAGCUCGUCCAUCAUUACAACUGCGAGUCUUGCUCCUUCCCAUGUUUUUAAGGUUGGUACCUUGGUUUUUAGCCAUUCCAACGUCAGGUCAUCGUUGCAGGUUACUCUGAUAAUUUCACCAGAGUGCGACCAAGACCUGAAUGUGGGUGGCUUGGUUUUGCUGCAGGAGGCGGACAAGAUUGUUUUGUCCAGCUCUCUCAUCAGUGUCUUUUUGACAAGGAUUUCUCUUUCGGUAGUUAUCUUACCGUAAGGGUUAUCCUUACUCUUGCAUAAAAUUCAUCUAAAGGCUAAUUGGCAUCAAUAGGUGCAAUUUAAAAAAGUGACAUUUAAAAAAAACACGUUUUAGAAAUUUUUAACUCAAACAGUAAAAUAGCUGUUAUUUCGAGGCUAUAUUAGAACAUUACUUUCCAGUUCAUGGCAUUCUACCUCAAGAAUUAAAAAAAAUAAAUUUGGUAUCACUAUUAUAAUUCCAAAAAACAAAAUAUACAGUUUGAUUCAUUUAAAAAAUUAAACUUAUAGUGGCAUUUCCUGUAAAACCGGAAGUGGUCCGUUUUGUUUAUAAAAGUGUCAGUUCGAAAUUAUGUCUCAUUGUCACCCGGUAUAAAUGUGCUUCUUUCAUACUUUUAUUAAUAUUGUUCAUAAUUAAUUUAAAUCCGUUGUUAAUAACAAACCCAUGUUUUAUGUCGAUGAAAGUUUACCAAAGACAAAAUGUGAUGCAUUGUCGAUAUCUGACAUGAUGCAUCAAUUCCAGGUAUGAUUCACAGAUUCCAAAUAUUAAUUAUUUUGACAUUCACGCUGUCACUAACGCAUAAAAUGGCUUAAGUAUGACAGCAUAACAAUCCUCUUUUAUUUUCAUAACAUUAACCUUGUUUAUUGACUGCAAAAAGUGACACGUUGCUUUUUUUUUGCCCGCUUUUUGUAGUUGAGUCCAGGGGAGGGGGAUGAACAAGUUCUACUAUGUCGGUGCGGUGGGAACGGUGGCUCUGGAAUUUGACACAUUUCACUCUAUAAUAUUAAUUAAGAUUUUUUAGAGGUUAUGUGCUGUGACAGUUCAUCUUUUAUGAUUUUGCGCUUUAUAAAACACACAAAAUGUCAUUAGUGCAUUAGAUUGGCAACAAAAAUGAACUCUCUGAUAAUUUAAAUGUGUUGCCUGCCUUGUAACGUUAGUUACUAUUUAAUAAUUAAUUUUAAUCCAAUUUCUGAUAUAAAUAUGAAUAUAUUUCAAAGAAAUGUUGCAUUUAUUACUGCCACUGUAAAUCAUAUUAGUAUUUUUCGUCCAUCCACUGUUUUAUAUUUAUGCCCCACAUAUUUUGUACAAAAUAUCGUGAACUCUUAAAUUCUAAAUUUUCUUUAGCAUAAGACAGUGACAUUGUUAAGUGUAAAGUACUUACUCAUGUUUAGGAUGUCAAUUCGAAAUAUGUCGUUGAAUCUCUUUUUUUAAUGUAGUCAAAAAUAUUUCCUUUUUAUCUUAUUUGAUACAGAAUUAUGUGGGUUAUUGAUUUUUAAUUGACUAUAUUGGAAGAACUACCUUUAAAAUAUUAUAUUCAAAUCUUGCUGAUAAGUUUUAAAAUUUUUAAAUUACUGAAUUUUUUUAUGACAUCAGAGUUUUUUUAUAUGAUUUACAAUUACAAAGAAACAAAAUUCCGCGAAUAUUUACUUAAAACUUCACAGGUCCGACCUGACCUCCUGGACAUGGUAUAUCUACAAAAAAAAAAGCAAAAAAGCGACGAAUCACUUUUCACAGUGAGCUAAUAAGUGACUAUUAGAUUAGUUUUAAGUCGCAAGCAAAAUGUACAUAGUAAUAAGACUGAUGAGGUCAAUGUUGCCUGUUGAUCCAACUGAAAUGUCAUGUGAUAGAACAACUACGAAUUUUCAAAUUGGAUCUAGUCAUUGACAGAUGUAGCACAUGUUUUGCCUACUUCUCACUUUUGUAUAUCACUUUGGUACAAAUAUGUAUGCAUUUGUCGUUUAGUUUUUGUUUAUGGGUACACACGCUGUUAUUUUUUAUUUGUAUUAUUAGGAUAGUAAAAAACUUAAAGUACCUAUAUAACAAAGGU